AUGAGUAUUGAUGAAGCAACAUCACUGGUGGAUCUUCCAUCUCCAAUCUUGUUUGAAAUUAUCUCUAGAUUACCUCCCACCACACUCUUAUACUUCAAAAGCGUCUCCAAAUCUUUUCUAAACCUAACCUUAGAUUCCGAAUUUUUAAAACUAUCAUGUUUAACAUCUCCAGCCAGCAUCAUCAUCAACCAAUUCAGCUCUGAUGAGCCUUCUAGUACCGACACCAUUAAGUUCUUGAAAUUUGAAGAUGAGGAUACUCAUUCAUAUUGUCAUGAUCCAAAACUUGACCUUGAUCUACAACAUUACUUUCCUAUUGAUCCAUUUUGGAUGGUUGGAUCGGUUCAUGGUUUCGUUUGUUUUAAUUACUUCCCUGAUUAUGUUGAAACUAUUUACAUCCUCAACCCAAGAACCAGGGAGUAUAUCAUCCUUCCAGAGGCUGGAGGGAUAAGAGAGUGGCCCAAUGAUGUCAUGCAUAGCUUUGGUUUCGAUCCUGUUAGGUUCGAGUACAAAGUGGUUAGAAUUUACCAAGAAGAAAUUUAUGAUGAUAAUACUAGUUAUUACAAGUCUAAAUGUCAAGUUUACACAAUUGGCAGAGGGUAUUGGAGAAAUGCAGGACAUGUUAUGUUUUCUUUCAUGCCAUAUGGGGUGAACCUCUACGCGAAGAUUCAUUGGUUGGUUUAUGAUGCUAAAGGAAAUGAGUCAAUAUGUUCGUUUGAUUUGGAGAAUGAGUUGUUUGAAUCAUUCCCCACGGCUCCAGGGCGCAAUAAGAAAAGGUAUUGGUAUUCGCGAAGUUUGGGAGUCUUUGGACAUUGUCUAUGUGUGUGUGACAAUUAUGUAGAUACUCAUUUUGAGGUAUGGGUGAUGAAAGAAUAUGGAAUUACAAGCUCAUGGGUUAAAGAGAUUGUCAUAAACAUUUCUCCUGAAUGCAACGAUUGGUUGGGCAAUGAAAUGAUUUAUAUGUUGAAAGUUUUGGAUGAUGGAGAGGUGUUGUUCUUGUGGCGUGACGACUUCUUGUUCUUGCACCAUCCUGUGAAGAAAACUUUGAAAAAGCUUGAUGUCUGUGCAGGGAAUAUCUUAGCUUCUAGCCAUGUAUCAAGCUCCUUUUCUCUCAAGAAUUUUGAAGGAGAGGUUGUGAAUGUCUUUUAG